CACGCUUUAAAUCCGCGUGAAAAAUUUCAUACAAUCGAAAUUGAUAAACCCCUCGUCGUAUCACGCUCUUGUGGAACGUCUGUACGAUGUAACGGUAAUGCUAACGAGUACGAGGGCUGUGCACGGAUCGGCGGUGCAGGUCAAUGCAAGAAGCGCAAUGUGCAUAGGCCGCGACGGGGUAGUUGCACAAAGGUCCGACACUCCUGGUGAAGUGUGGAAAGCGCGGUGCAUGCAUAUUCAACGCGCGGGCCGCAAGAGUGGGAUGCGUGUGUGUGUAUGUGUGCGUGUGUGCGCGUGUGCGCCUAUCGUAGUGAUAGGAAUAAUAAAAAUUCGAGGGUUGAAAUUAUUUAGAUUUAUGCCCGCUCUCUUGUCGUCGUGCCGCCGCGCCGGUGACGAGGCGCGAUUCGAUUCCGGGGAACAAAUUUCAUGCAUUAUUCAAGACCCCGGGCCGGCGAUGCAACCACCCCGGUCGCAAUGGAAGCGAUCCUUUCGGGGAAAAAAAAAGUCGUUUUUAAUCUCUCGUCGCGCCCCAAUAACGCGUGUGUGCGUCUCUCGUCGGCCCUCGACCCUUUAAGGAACGGAAAACAGCCCGCUUUGCGCGGAUGUGUGCGAUCGAGCGUACGGGAUGUUCCAAGAGGAACGCAUAAACGUUUUUCGAAGCUUGAGUAAAUCUCGAAAGGUCCUCUGCUUCCGACGUCAAUGUAUUUCGCGAAUUAUUUUUAGCUUCUUACUCACAAUCGGCGCUAUCACCUGUUGACGUAUUACGUUUCUUCUUAAUGCUUCACGCUGCAAACGACGGCGCUCGUAAUUAGCGCAUUCUCCAAACCGAUUCUUCCCGUGCGGAAUUAUUUAUGAGCGGGAUAGAGAUUCGACAUCGGAGAUACGUCAUCGGCGGUAUUUGUGCGAACGGGACCAUUUUAAUCCCACCCACGCAAGAACGUCAUUCCCUUUGCCAUACGCGUUUAAUUAAUUGAUCCCACACGCGCCGACCUGUAAUCGUCUUACCGCGGAUUAACGAGUCCGUGCAUCUGCCGUGGCGCUGAAAACUUUCGCUCCAUUAUCUUCGCGGACUGUCCGUGCGUCGGAUCUGCGAGCCGAAGGCCAUGGAGAACGCUAUUCUCUUUGUGAUCGCCGUCUCCAUCGCGGGCUGCGCCGACGGCAGGGUUUAUUACCUGGAGAAUUUCGACGGCGCGCGAAGCAACGACGCGAUCUAUCCGAUCGCGGAGCAGCAGGCCUCUCGCGAUCUCAAUCUGGCCUUCUCCGCCGGGGAUCCCGCCGACAACUUCGUAUCUCCGACUAAGAAGGUAUACACUGUCGUUGCACCGGAAAAGCCGUAUCUCGAGUUAAGCAGGGACGCGGAUCGACCAUUCGCGUACUACAGAUUAGCCGAGCCGGCUGCCAGAAGAAGCAGCUUCGACGACGUCGUUCUCGUUCCGCAAGGAGGCCGGAAAUUGAUGAAGCUGAACAACAAGGGCGAAGUGAUCUUGGAGCUUCGCGUAAUAGCUAAUCACGACAGCUCGUCGUGAGAUUCGCGCGUUAAAAUUAAUGAGGUUCUUUCCGCUUGAUUCGCGAAGAAGCGAGCUGGUAAAGAUCGAGCGAGAUGUCAUACAGUUAAAUCGCUUUUAUUACAUUCAAUUUACAACAAUGGGUACUUCUAUCGAUACAUAUAGAUACAUCGGAAUGUUAUUAUAAUAUUUACAGUGCAUAUCACAUAUUGAAUUCGGAUCGGAGCCGUUCCACUCCGAUGAGGUCUUUUCACGACCUUUCAAUUUUCACUAAGAAAAUUAUUCGUAACUGUCUGAUUGCUGUACAGAAGAAUUAAGUUAGUGAAGACAAUACUAUUCUGGAAGUGCAUUUAAAAUUGUAAAAAAAAAAAACACGAUAAAAUUUUAUAAAUAUCCGAGAAAUCUUUGUGUGCAAUACGGAAGUCUUUUACACCGGUGAGAAAUACAUAUUUCUGCAAAAAUAAUAUCGAAUAAGCAACGAAUAUUCUCGAUAUCCUCGAACGAAGACAUAUCGCACAUUGUAGAAAAAGAAGAUCCGGUCUCGUGCAAUUAGGUGACUCCUGCUUUGUCGGAGGUGCUAUAUUAUGGCGAAGAAUGCGAUCGCGAAGUGCAAUUUUGGAGGUGUUAUACGGGAGAAUGCGAAUAACGACGCUACGACUA